GGGGCUUGUCCUCGUCGGCUGGUCGCGCUCUAGCGCAGCAGCUUCUAUUAUAAUUAUAUUUAUUAUUAUAAUUAUAAUUAUUAUUAUUAUUGUUAUAAUAUUAAAGAUAAAUAAUCUGUUAAAUUACACACCUGAUCGUAUGCCGACUCACUGGAGUGCUUGUUCCCGUGUCCGGAAGUUUCAGUGUCUGAUUAAAAAAAAAUCAUCAUCUUCCUCGUCUCGGGAGCUAAUUUGUGGAUUUAAUUGAUGGAGCGAUGACCUUGGAGCUGGAGAACAAACUAAGGAUGUGAGAAAACAGAGAGCAAAUGCCCAACAAGGCUCGGCCUCGUCGUGAGUGGCCAUCUGAGUCCUUCAUAAAUGUUUUGUGGAUACCCCGCUCCGCCAUGAGGCCGGCCGAGGGCGACACGUCAGACUGCAUCCUGGUGGUCGGCGUGUCACGGCCAAAGUUAGCAGCGGCCUUUCUACUGGUAGCCCUAGUCUCGCUCUUCCUAACCUUCCACAUCCUCUACGACAGCGCCGUCUACAGUCUCGACGCGGCGGCAUCAGUCUUCGACUCAUCGGACGAGCUGGCGACGAACCAGCUCGAUCCAGCGCCGCCUCGUCGCCUCCAGCCGUCCUCGUCUUCGCAGCAGGCCAAUAACCUUAAGGACCUCGUCCCUCCACCAAGUCUAGUCAGCAAGGCCCACUUCUCACGCACAAACCGGCACCUCCCGCAAGCCAUUAUCGUCGGAGUGCGCAAGUGUGGAACUCGUGCUCUGCUAGAGAUGCUGUUCCUUCAUCCCCAGAUCCAGAAAGCCGCCGGGGAGGUUCAUUUCUUCGACCGCGACGACAACUAUGAGAAAGGUCUAGAGUGGUACAGGAAAAAAAUGCCCUAUUCACUCAAGGGCCAGAUAACUAUUGAGAAAAGUCCUAGUUAUUUUGUUACACCUGAGGUCCCAGAAAGAAUAAGAGCAAUGAACGCGAGUAUAAAACUGCUGCUGAUAGUCCGAGAACCAGUAACGAGAGCGAUAUCAGACUACACGCAGCUGCGAACACGAGUGUCUACAACAUCGACAUCCUCAGCAGUGACAACAUCCUCAACGUCAUCUUUAUCAUCAUUAGCACGACCUCCAGGAGGAGGCGGAAUCCUAACCCCAACUUUUGCCGAAGAAGAGAGUCAGCGCGGAGCAGCGUCAAGUCGGACCUUCGAAGAGCUGGUUUUGCGGCCCGACGGUAGUAUAAAUGAGUCCUAUCGACCUAUAACGAUCUCCCUCUACCACAACUACAUGCACCGAUGGCUGGAAGUAUUUUCACGGGAACAAAUUCUGGUUGUUAACGGGGAUCAGCUUAUUGAGGAUCCAUUGCCCCAGUUAAAACGGAUUGAAAUGUUCCUCGGUCUGGAGCCCCGUAUCGGUAGGCAUAAUUUUUAUUUUAAUCACACCAAGGGUUUCUACUGUCUGCGUAACGACACUGCGGACAAAUGUCUGAGAGAGAGCAAGGGCAGAAAACAUCCCCGUGUUAAUCCCCUCGUCGUUUCUAAACUCAGGAGGUUCUUCAAUGAACACAAUCAACGGUUUUAUGAACUCGUCGGCGAGGAUCUCGGCUGGCCGGAGGAAUAACAUUUUUAUUUUGUUUCUGACGCUGGACUUUGUUUUUAUAAGUGGAGACUUGAAAAUA